AUGUCUUCCAACGAUAACCCAGAACAUGGGUCGCCCAAACCCGAACACGACGCCGCGGUGACCACUUCUCCGCAGGAGACCCAGCCACAACCGACCGAAGCAUCAGAAUCCAGUCCCAACACAGGAAACCCAGGACAAAAUUAUACCGCGACAGAGACAGACUCUGCGGCUAUCUCAUCAGACCACCCUCAGUCAGACGACACGGCUCCUGCGAACCACCCCGCAAACGGUGGCAAAAACGUCGCGCCCGUGACAUCCACGACCACAACUGCGACACCAACCGACGAGCCCACGACUACAGUCGCACAGCCGAUUAAUACUGAAUCGCCAUCAAUGGAGACGGAAGAACCUAAAUCUGGUGCGGAACUUCCGUCAGAGCAGUCAGAUGAGGUUGAAGGGAAGGAACUGGAGGAUGCUGGACCUUCGCUGCAUAUCACGUUGUUGUUGACAACGGGGUCGCGACAUCCAUUCACGAUUGAUGGUAAAUACCUGCGCAAGCGAUCGGUCAAUGUGGAGAAUCUUGAUCCGUUUGCGAUGAGUGUGUAUACGCUCAAGGAAUUGAUUUGGCGCGAGUGGCGAUCUGAUUGGGAAUCUCGUCCUUCGUCUCCGAGCUCCAUUCGCUUGAUCUCAUUUGGUAAAUUAUUGGAUGAUAAGUCACCUCUGUCUGAAUCAAAAUUCAACCAUGACGCACCCAAUGUCGUACAUAUGACUGUGAAGCCGCAGGAAAUCGUCGACGAAGAAGACGCCAAGGGCGCAAAGGCGCAGUAUGGCCGGGAAAACGAGAACAAUGAGCGCAGUCCCGGAUGUCGCUGCGUGAUUCUAUAG